AUGCACCACCUACCAUCGCCUCUCCUCUCUCUGAGCACAUCUUUCCGUCGCUCCAGAAGUCCCAAAUCAAACAGCGACAUCUCAAAUUCCAACUCAACAACGACCUCACCACCCUCCUCCCCUACCUCCAACCGCUCGUCUUCACAUAACGCUCCACACCACUUCUUCAAUCUCGCCUUCCACCCCACGAAAGCCCACAACCACACAUUCCGCGAUAAGCAGCCCGAUCACAGAGCUGGACACACAGACAGCAUCGGAAACUUUGAGCCAUCCGACGCCCGCCGACGCCCGGUGUCCGACAUCCCUCACGGCCACAAUACACAUAACAGCAUCAGCGCAGGGGAGUGCGCCGUGCUGCGCGGCCGCUCAUCAAUGAUCCUCCGGCGCCGACUGUCCAAGAUCGACCUGGCACUGAGCGAAGAGCGAUCGCGGUGUAACGAGGAUUCCAUUGAGAGGCAGGGGCUGGGGCUAAUGGAGCCGCGGCCGGUAGACGUGCGGGUCGGGGAGGCGCCGCCGAACUUCGUGAUGGGCGGCAUCUUCGAGGUCAUGGAAGGACGUGCUUAG